UGACCAUGUGUUUGGUUUUCAGGGCCGCCCUGGCCUCUGCCCACCAGUGCCACCCACUUCCUCAGACCCUCAGUGUACUGAAGAGUACCCCUCAGGUGAGGGGCAUGCACACCAUCAUCAGAAACAAGGAGACCAGCAGGGACGAGUUCAUUUUCUACUCCAAGAGGCUGAUGCGGUUGCUGAUUGAGCACGCGCUCUCCUUGCUCCCGUUCCAGAGUUGUACAGUCCAGACCCCUCAGGGACAGGACUACGAAGGGAGGACAUACAGCGGGAAGCAGAUCACCGGCGUGUCUAUCCUGCGAGCGGGUGAGACCAUGGAGCCAGCGCUGCGAGCGGUGUGCAAGGACGUCCGCAUCGGGACCAUUCUCAUCCAGACCAACUGCAACACGGGCGAGCCGGAGCUCCACUAUCUGCGGCUGCCAAAGGACAUCAGUGAAGACCACGUCAUCCUGAUGGACUGCACAGUCUCCACGGGCGCAGCAGCCAUGAUGGCAGUGCGGGUGCUGCUGGAUCAUGAUGUCCCAGAAGACAAGAUCUUCCUCCUCUCCCUGCUUAUGGCGGAGAUGGGUGUGCACUCAGUCGCCUAUGCUUUCCCUCGGGUAAAGAUCAUCACCACAGCUGUGGACAAGAAAGUGAAUGACCUUUUCCGGAUAAUCCCUGGCAUCGGGAACUUUGGCGAUCGGUACUUUGGGACGGAUGCUCCUCCCGACUGGAGCGACGAUGAAGAUGCUCUUAGCACUUAGCUGGAUGUGGAGAUGCCGCUGGCGCCAAGCAGCUUCAGCACCGCACCUUAACCCCUCUGUCCAUUGCAGAUUUCUCCUUCCUCCUCACCAAGCAUAGAUAUUUUUUUCAAAUCUUACAUUGGAGGUCUAGGGCAUAUUUUUUCAAAGAAACACAAAUCCUAGUUUGACUUUGUGGACGGUCGCGUGUCCCAGCAUAGAGCGGAGUUAAUUUAUUUUAAUUUAAAUAUUUGCCUAUAUAACUUAUUGGAGAUAUUUUAUAAAGAAAAAUAAUAAAUUUUUUCUCUGGUUUUCUUGAA